CCUACCUGCGCCUUCCCUAUCGUUGAGGAUGUCCAAAAAAGCCGCUGCCGAGUCUGUCUCCAAGAAGCGCGAGGAAUAUACCCUGUACUACUGGCCAGGCAUUCCAGGACGCGGCGAGUAUGUUCGUCUUGCGUUCGAGUAUGCCGGCGUCCCCUACACGGAGGUCAACGAUCCAGGCAAGAUGUUCUCUACUAUAAUCGACCCCAAGAACAGUGGUUUCCCUCCUCAUUUCGCUCCACCUGCGUUAAAGCUUCCUUCUGGGCGAAUUAUUUCUCAGACACCUGCGAUCCUGAACCACGUAGCACCUAAAUUCGGUUUGGCGGGAGAGAAGGAAGGGGAAGACGAGGAAGAGGCACGCAGCACAGUGAAUCAGUUGGUAUUGACGGCUCUUGAUCUUAACAAUGAAACACACGACACCCAUCAUCCAAUUGACGUAGGGGACUACUAUGCGAACCAGAAAGAGGCUGCCAUUGCGAAAACGAAGGCUUACCGCGCCUCCCGACUCCCAAAGUUCCUGGGGUAUUUCGAGAAGGUCCUCGAGUCGAACCCAGAGGCGAAGACAAACGGCGGGACAUACCUGGUAGGCUCGACGACGACGACGGCAGACUUGGUCCUCUUCCAGGUGCUGGAUGGCGUGAGCUUCGCCUUCCCCAGGCGCAUUGCGGCGUUGAAAAAGAGUGGGAAGUAUGACAAAGUCUUCGCAUUGAAAGAAAGAGUUGGGGGCGAGAGCGGGAUCAAGGAAUAUCUCACGAGCGGCCGUCGCCAGAAAUACAGCGAGGGCAUCUUCCGGCACUACGAAGAGCUCGACGGUGAGGAGUAAACGGAGUCGUAAAGGGCUGCAAAAAUCAGAUAAAGCUGUAUGAAAUAAUUCGUGUGCACAGCCUGUGUCUGAAGAAGAGUAUGAACG